AAGUGAAUUACGAUGGCGGGCAAGAAGGAGAGGGCGAAGGGCACGGGCUCCGAGCCAUACAGUGGCUACCAGGUCAACGAUGCAAGCCUGGAGCGCCAAGCAAAGCGCAAGGCGGUGCUCGAGGAGGAGCGCAAGAGAAGGGUGCUCUCGAACAUCGAUCCGGUGCUCAAGCAGCACGCUGUGACCCGCGCCAGGGACCUUCCGGUGAACAUGCGCAAAUACUGGAACAACCGCCACGAUCUCUUUUCCCUCUUUGACGGCAGCUCAGAGACGGGUCAAAUACCGCUUCUCGACGCCGAGUCGUGGUACAGCGUGACACCCGAGGCCAUUGCAGCACGCAUCGCCGAACGGUGCCGGUGCAACACCGUCGUCGAUGCCUUUUGUGGGGCGGGCGGGAACGCGAUCCAAUUCGCAUUCACCUGUGAGCGAGUCAUUGCUAUUGAUGUCGACCCGAUCAAGGUGGCUUUGGCCAGAUGGAAUGCAAAGGUGUACGGCGUCGACGAUCGAAUCACGUUUCUCGUCGGCGACUUUUUCGACUAUGUAAAGGCCUGCCGUCGCUUCCGGGACGAGGGCGUCCGAGACGACGCGCAAGCCUGGCAGGGCUCCGAGACAGCGAACAUUGACGUCAUCUUUCUGUCACCUCCAUGGGGAGGCGUUACAUACAGGGACCCAUCUUCAAUACAGGCCAACAACCAUACCGGAGAGGAAUUGGGGUCGACCGCCAGCGGUCCGGCGUAUUACCCUCUUUCGCUCUUGGCGCCGACAGGGGGCAAGGUCAUGUUCGACGCAGCAUCGAGUCUCACCUCAAAUGUUGCCAUGUUCUUACCACGAAACGUGGACCUCAAGGAAGUCGUCGGACUAGCAGAGGGCACGGAAUCUACGGAGGAAAAGGGAGAGGUCAUCGUUGAUGUCGAGGAGCAGUUCAUGGGCGAAUACUGCAAGGCGCUGAGUUGUUAUUUUGGCGAACUGACGAAGUUCGACGGGUCAUGGUGAACGCAAUCAAU